AUGAAUCCCACCAGCUUCUUCCUCCUUACAUUGCUCCUCGUUCUGGUGACAGAAACAGCAGGGAGGAAACCCCGUGAAAAAUUCUCACAAGUAUUUGAAGAAAGUUCUAGUGAAGGCACUCAAAUUAUUUCACCGGGGGAAAGAAGGGGAUCAAGUUCUUCCCAGGAUGACAACAUCCCAUAUGAGCCCUUGAUAAAAGAAGAAAAAGUCCAACUAUUCUACAGGGAAAAAAAACAUAACAAAAAUGCUGGUGAUGGUGGUGAUGGUGAUGGGAAGAGUGACUUGGAACUAGAGAGGUCUUAUAUACGGAAAAAGGAAAAGCAACGGUUUGCACAAGAGGUAGAUAAAUAA